AUGAGGUGGUUAAUAUGGCUCUCUCAACACUUCCACCUCUUACUGCUCUUCUAUUCUCUUUUUACUUCUUCAUCAUCAUCAUCUUUUGCCUCUACUUUGAAACCACUGCGCUCCCAAGACCAGCAGUUAGCAUUACUCCAUUUUAAGCAAUUAUUUACCUUUUCAGAAUUUGCUUCUUAUGAUUGUGACCUUUUGGGUUAUCAGCAUUCUUAUCCAAAGAUGGAGUCUUGGAAAAAGGGCACUGAUUUCUGCUCAUGGGAUGGGGUUACUUGUGAUAGGGUGAAGGGAAACCUGAUUGGCUUUGACCUCAGUUGUAGCUGGCUUCAAGGCACCAUCCCUCCCAAUAGUACCCUCUUUCUUCUCUCUCACUUGCAAUAUCUCAACCUUGCUUUCAAUGACUUUGAUUUUUCAUUGAUUUCAUCUGGGUUUGGUCAAUUUACUAGGUUGAGAUAUCUUAACCUUUCAGGUUGUGUGUUUUCUGGCCAAGUCCCACUUCGUUUAUUGCACCUCUCCCUAUUGGCCUCACUAUAUCUCUCUCAAAAUCAUUUUGUUAGUCUCGAAACAUUUGUUGUUAGAAGGCUUGCUAAAAAUUUGAAGAUGCUAAGAGAACUUCAUCUUGAUUUGGUUGACAUGUCUUCUGUUUCACUUAGGUCUUUGAUGAAUUUUUCUUCUUCAUUGACAACACCUAGUCUCUUUAACUGUGAAUUGCAAGGGACAUUACCAGUUGAUAUUUUUCGCCUACCAAACCUACUUACGCUCACUUUAACAUCUAAUAUUGAACUCAGAGGGUUUUUUCCAUUGGUAAAUUUGACAAGUCCCUUAAGGUUUCUGGAUCUCUCUUACACUAAUAUCUCGGGAGAAUUACCAAAAUCAAUUGACAAUCUAAAAUUCUUAAGGAAUUUGGGAUUACAUCAAUUCAAUUUUAAUGGCCCAAUAAUUGCAUCACUCGGUAACCUUACACAACUCACUGAUUUGGAUUUAUCUGACAACCAUUUUAGCGGUGAGAUACCAUCAUCACUUUCAAACCUCAAGAUGCUCUUAUACUUGGGUCUAGGAUAUAACAAUCUCAAUGGUUCAAUUCCCUCAUCAAUUGGGAACCUCACGAAAGUUACUCAAAUUUUCCUCCGAUCUAACUACUUCACCGGUCAAAUUCCAUCACUUUCAGAGCUAAAGGAUCUCAAUCUUAUUGACCUAAGAUUCAACAACCUUAGAGAUAGAAUUCCUAAUUUUUUGACCAACCUCACAAGACUCACCAAAGUUUACUUGUCUUAUAACCAACUCACUAGUCAAAUUGAUGAAUUCCAAAGUAUUGUAGAAAGUGAUGAGGACCCUAUUCUCUACUAUGACUCAGAAAAGAUUACUAGCUUUGACUUACAGGUGUUCAUUAGAAUGGCAACUAUCAAGGAGUGGAUCAUGCAUCUUUUUAAACUUCCUCUCUUUCUUCUUGCCUAUUCACUUUUUCCAACUCUUUCUCAAUCAUUGCUCUGUGCUCCUUCUUCUCCAAUCUACUUCGCGAUUUCCCUUAAGCUUUUGCAUUCGAUGGUUGCUUCCUUUGAGUCAAUUGACUGGUUUGAGGGUUUAGUGAGGGAGGUAGGAACAAUGUCUGAGGUGAGAUUCAGUGAGCUUGAGACAGGGUUGUCGCCUAGCAACAACCCUGUGGGGGUGGAGGAAGACACAAUGGUUUCUGGCCUAAAGGAGGUUAGGGCAUUUCUGCCCUUGGGGAAGAGUGUAGCUUAG